AAACCAUUGACCUUUGCUGCAAAGUACACCUUUCUAGACCCUCCCACACAUCAACAAUGGAGCUGGAGAGUGGUUCAGAUAAUUCUAGCUAGCUCUCAAGCUCAAGCAAACAAUGUCGACGUCAACAGUGUAGAGGAACUUAAGACGUAUCUCUGUGGCAACAAUACCCUCUCCUCGGAUAUCACCCUCAAUCUUAGAAACAUUACAUACCCAAUACAGCCAGGUAAAUUUUGUUUGGUCAGAGACUUAGUCAACGUCUCAAUUAUUGGGCCAGCUACUGUAGAGUGCACGGGAUCGGGAUCAGGUGAUGCUAAUGUUCGCACAGGAUUUGGGUUUCGGAAUAUCUUGGGACUGAUUAUAAAAGAUGUUGUAUUUGUUGGCUGUGGUGGAGUAAUAACAAACGAAUCUUACACAAUCAACGGAGUUCCUCUAAUAUACAGCGGCCCCUCUCUUCAAGCUGUAAUCUUACUCAACAGUUGCUGGAAUGUGAGUUUAGAGAAUAUUGAGGUUGUGAACUAUUGGGGCUAUGCUAUUCUUAGUGUCAAUGUGUUUGGUAAUUCAGUGUUUGACCGAUUAACUAUACACCAUUCUAAUACCAAUAAUAACGGUGAUCGGAACAUAACGGUGUCAGAUGGUUUUGCUCAGUCUGGUGGUGGAAUGAUGGUCUAUUUUGUUGAUGAAGAUUAUCAGGACCCGAAUAAUACAUCAGGUGAUCAGAAUGUCACUGCAGCUACGCCUGUUGUUGACCACUUUGUGACUAUUCAAAACUCUGUGUUUGCUAACAACACAAACUUGUAUCCCAAUGACUUGAUAAACGCAAAUAAUCUUCGCUCAUUCGUAGAAGAUAGCAAACUGGAGCCAUUUCCUCUGGGAGGGGCUGGAGGUCUUUCUGUUGUCACACUACAGCUUUUCUUCAAUGUUCAAGUUAAUGUGAUGAAUUCAAACAUUACUGAUAAUCUCGGAAGUAUUGGUGCUGGUGUGAAAAUCUUACAGAGGAACACAAUUAAUCGCUCACUGAUCAAAUUUCAAGGUUGCUUAAUCCGAAACAAUUCUUUAUUGAAUGCAUUCAGUAGGGGAGCUGGAAUACAAAUCUUGCUGGUAUUCUCAUUUGUACGUUUGAACCAGUUAUCAAAGCUUCACAAUCUAGUGACGAACGAGUACGAUAUUUUGAUCAAAGACACGGUAUUGGCGGACCAUACAUCAUCUGAUGGAGCUGCCGUAUGGAUUUCCAGUAGCCCUCAGAACAUUUCUUCAAUUACAAUCGUAUUUCGAAAUGUUUCCUUUAUUGGGAACAAAAACAAAGCCGAUGAAGACUGCGAUUGCAUUCUUGCUGUAAGUGAGAAGUCCGCCUAUUUCUACAGGCCUUUGCUGUACCUGCAUCUAGAUCAAAUCUGUAUUGAGCCUAGUCAACGUACAGAAGAACAACCUGGCACAGCAGGGACUGCUAUAGUCAUCAAUCUUGGUGGAGUGUACAUAAACGGUACAAAAGACAAUCCGAGUAUUUUUCAAAACAACCAAAACAGUGCAAUUAAAGCAUUCAAUACGGAUGUAUACCUCUUUGGAACUCUGAUAUUUCGAGACAACAGAGCGUUGUCAGGAGCAGCACUAUCCUUGAACGAUGGCUCCUAUUUGUUCCUGAGUGAGAAGGUGGAUGCCCUCUUUUGUAAUAACAAAGCUCAAGAUAACGGUGGGGCAAUAUAUAUCGAGCCUGCCAGGAGUUUACAGUGUGUGGUGCAGAUACUCACAAGAGACUUACUUUUCAAUAAUGCCCUUGUUACUGACAGCAAAGAAGAUUUGAGUGAAUUUGACCUCAAUGUAACCUUUAUAGACAAUGAAGCAACGAUCGGAAGAUCUCUGUAUGGUGGACCACUAUACAAUUGUGGGGGAUUUCGUGAUUCAAUUAUUCAGCUGCCUUAUAAUGAAGUAGAGGCCGUGUACAGUUCGUUAUUCGAUUUCAAGUAUGCAAACAAGACAGUCUCCUACUUUGAUGAGUUUCGAUCCACACCUGUGAAAUUGUGCUUCUGUAACGAAUCUAGUGACAUUUUCGAGUGUUUAAACACGACUAGUAUAGAGGUUUUACCGGGACUGGUAUUUCCGUUGAGUUUGUCCCCGGUGGAUGGAGUAAAUCAGCCAGUCGAUGGUGUCAUGGUAACCAGGCUUCCACCUGACAUUGGUGUUUGUUUUGAUAACAAAGAGAAGCAUAUAUUUAAAGUGUUUAAUAGCGGGAUGUGUGAGAGGGUGGAGUACACUAUUAUUGGCAGUGAGAAUGUAACUGUGAAACUUGAUCUAAUUUUGCAGAAUAGUUUCUCCAGCACAACUAUGUCAAUAUCCAUCCACAUCCUUCCUUGUCCUCCAGGGUUUGUUCUCUCCAAUACCACGGGAAUGUGCGACUGCAACGAGCUGUACCAAAUGAACGGAGUGAUGUGCAAUAUAACUUCUAGGCUAAUACAAAGACGUCAGAUGGAGUGGAUAGGUCUGGUAUCUGAGGGUGGAUCUGAGCAGGCGGCCAUUGUGGCUACGUGUCCCUAUGGGUACUGUGAUUUUAAGUUUGGUGAAUAUGUGAAUAUUUCCGAUCCGGCCUCAAUUUGCCAGGGGGGAAGGACGGGGGUGCUGUGUGGGGUCUGUGCCGAGGGCCUGAGUGCAAUGUUUGGUACGACAGAUUGUGGAGAAUGCAGUAACUACUAUCUCUUCACCAUUCUCAUGUACGCUGUGGCUGGUGUUCUCCUGAUAAUGGCGUUGUUCCUAUUCAACAUUACUAUAACUGGUGGAACAAUCAACGGGCUUGUGUUCUAUGCUCAGUUGAUGGAAACUACACUCACCACUGUGGGAAACUCUACGACCCGCCUCAUUGUCGUCUUCAUUUCACUGCUGAAUCUCGAUCUUGGCUUCCCAGUUUGUUUCUACGACGGUAUGGAUGAUCUAGUAAAGAUUGGACUGCAGUUUGUGUUUCCAUUGUACAUAUGGCUACUAGUUAUAAUCAUCAUUGUGGCAACACAACACUCAAGCAGACUACAAAAGGUGUUCGGAAACAAUGCGUGUGUGAGAGUGCUUGUUACUCUAGUAUACCUUUCGUUUGCUAAACUAAUUCGCACAAUCACACUGAUUCUCGUGCCUGCAAUUCUGCAAACAUAUUCCUCUGAUAACCCAUCUCGUCGUGUUGUCUGGUUUUUCGACGGCUCUGUAUUGUACUUUCGUGGUUGGCAUGUUUUCUUAAUUUUACUCUCUGUAUUAUUUGGAAUCCUUGUUUUAACCUACCAAUUCACUCUUGUACUAACAUAUUUCUGCGGCCUGAGGGCAGGAAGGUUGAACGUCUACUUGAAGCCUGUCAUUGAUGCCCACUCAGCUCCGUUCAAAGACAAGUUCCGAUUUUGGAUAGGUUUUAGGCUAUUUUUUAUUGAGAUUUUAACAGUCCUCACCAUCACCCUUUCAGCUAAGUACUUCUCUCUUGUGUUAUUCCUACACUUUGUUUUGCUUCUGUUGCUAACGGUCACUGAAGCUCUUGUGGCUCCAUUCAAGAAUAAACUAUUGAACCUGAUUGAUUUAUUUUUUCUAAUGAAUAUCAACCUGUAUGUUGGAUCUGAACUAUUUGUGCUCACGUUUCGUACCAAUCGUUUUAAAACAGUUGUUUUUCAGAAUGAAAUUCUGGACAUUAUAUUUGUUGGGAGUGUUAUGAUUGUUGCAAGUUGCAUUCUAAUCUAUCAUAUUGUGUUUGCGAGUGGAUGUUUUCAGAAAGUUUCAGAUGCAAUAAACACGUGGAAGAAAAAAACAAAAUUUCAUUCGAUAACACCAAAAGUGACAACAACCGAAGUGACCAUGUUGGAUGAAUAUGAUCUGACAUUGACCACCAACCCUAUACUCCAGCUUCAAGGACAUAGAAACUUCCACUCCUCAGAUCUGUACCGACUCAGGGAAUCUCUGCUGGAGGACUGAGUGCAUGUGUGGACUAAAGUUGCGUGUUAUUAACUAUCAACUGAUAUAUAAUUUGUGUGGUCAUUUCUCAUUUCUAAUAAUGCUGCUUGUUAGGCACCCA